AUGGAAAUGCUGGACGUAGAAGACGACAGCUUUCACGUCACACGUGAAGGCUACUCUCAUCUGAGUGACUCAGAAUGGGAGGUAGUCGGCCGCAUGAGUGUUUUCAUGGGCGAAACCGCCAUCAGUGGCGUGUUGGAGUCUCUAAGCAGAGAACAGCAACAUUACGCUAUCAACAAGUUCCUACAAGGGGAACUUGCCGUCGAAAGACAGAAGAUAGCCUUGCUACAACUGCAAAGCUCUCAUCAGUCGAUGGGCGGGCCGACGCACACGCGCGAGCUGAAGCCUUUAGGAUACAUAUCUCAAGUUACAAGGGAGCAGAUGAAGAUUUCCUGUUAA